UUGUUUCCUGUUCGCCGCAGGAGAGUAAAGGCCUAUACUGGGAAGGUUUCCAGGAACACCGACAAUGUUCAGAUGUUGUCGAGAAACGAACAACUUAGUCCGCAGGAGACCAUCUAUCUGGAGCUACCAAGAUCAUGUACAUAGACCUGUGCACAAUGGAAUGACAUAAACAGGAUUAACCGACACCGAAUAGCACCGAAUCUGGUGUACAUAUGGCCUGCGUCGCUUUGCGACGGGGCACCAAAACAACUUAAUGAGCGACAGGUACCGAUAUCCUAUCGAUCAGGUUGAAUAAUUACCCAUACUUCCUGAAAUGCUCAGAGAUAUAAGUACUACACAGGUAUUCUUGACUCCACUCCGUUGUUUUUCGUUGUUUUCUGUUGCUCAAAUCAUGACCGACUUCUACGCGACCGAACACAGCACAAAAGACAAUACCAUUCUUCAUCGAUCCGACAACCUCAUUGCAUAUAUCAUCGAGACUCCUUCCAAGAUAUUACAGCUCCACCACGAGCGCAGCACGAUAUUCAAGGGACCUUACCGGGAACCUAUUGGCUUCAUAGAGUUCCACGGCUUUCAUGAUAACAUCGUGGAGAUCAGAGGUAGAAGCUUUCUCCCACAGCGAGCUCGCGAAUCGAGCCACUUUAGUGAGUCUAAGGAAUUCAUUGCUUCGGAUGGACGGGCGUACAAAUGGAAAUUCCAUAGUCACGAAGUGUGGGAGCUACUCACACAGGAUGGAACACAUACUCUGGUUGCUCGAUAUGACAGGAGGAAUAUAUCCAUCUACCCACAAGCGUUGCACAUAGCGGAUGAAGUGAUGGUGACACUGUUCUACAUGCGCCAGUAUAAAAAGAAAAAAGACAAUGAGAGGCAUAGGGACCAUGUCGGGCUCGAUUAAUUUGCCGAAAACUCUCAUUUCGAACCUCUACAUAAUUUGUUUUCCAUCCAGAAUCUUGUGAGCCUGCCACCCCUCUCGAAAUCCUUGUGACAAGCUUGUGAAAAGAAAACAACGUAGUAGGCGCUAAGUA